GGCUAUUUCCCUUGCAUCUCUGGUUUAGUAUUAAUUUGUUCCUACUUCAUAUUAGUUGUUUCCUUUUUAGUUAAGAGAUGGCACUAACUGGUAAGCUUAGCAUUGAAAUUCCAGUCCACUCACCUGCUUCAAAGUUCUUUGACCUCGCCACAAAGAAACUCCAUCAUGUUCAAAACGUUUGUGAAAGAGUGCAUGCCACCAAGCUGCAUGAAGGUGAUGACUGGCACUCUGUCGGUGGUUCGGUCAAACACUGGACUUAUGUCAUAGAUGGUAAAGUAACUACAUGCAAAGAGACUAUUGAAAGCAUUGAUGAGCAGAACAAGACAGUCGUAUACAAAUUCUUUGAUGGAGAUAUCGAUCAACACUAUAAGACCCUUAAGCUUAUCUUUCAAGUGAUUGAGAACAAUAAUGGAGGUACUUCGACUAAAUGGACAAUUGAAUAUGAGAAGGUCAAUGAUGAUGUUGAAGCUCCAUAUGGCUACAUGGAACACUUUGACAAAUGUGCUAAAGACCUGGAUGCCCAUCUUCUCAAGGCAUAAGCUACAUUAAUUAAGCAAAGAAGGUGUUUAAGAAUUAAGUUAAUAAAGUGUGUACUUAUCUAAUUAAACUGCAUGAAUUUAGUCAUGAAGAAUAAUAUGGAUGAAUGUUUGCAUCUUCGUCUGCUAUCCUUUGUUUGAAUGGAUUAAUAAUAAUCGAC